CUGGCCAAUCGCGAGGUGGCGGAGGGCGUCCCCGGCGGCGGGCCAUGAGCCAAUGGGCGGCAGCCGGGGAUAAUGGUGGCAGGGUUUUCAUUAGUGGUACAAAUGGUGUGAAAUGGUGAUGUGAUGACGGUGAUGCCAGACGCCCGCCGCACCCCGCCGCCGACACACACGCCCGUGCCAGCCACCACGCCCAGGCUCUCCAUCACACCCGCGCCCGCCACCACGCGACCCUCCGCCGCGUCCUUCACGACUUUGCGUCCGUGCGCGCCACCAGGCACACACACCCUGUACGGACACCCGCAGGCUUCUGAGUGCCCAGUGCCCGGGGUGGAUAGACUGUGCCCACGGGUGAUGGUGGGGGAGGGCGGCUGUCUGGGUCACCAGCCGCGAUACUGACUUUCCGCCGCCGCCACCGCAGCCACUUGAGCCACCGCCGCCACCAGCACCGCCAGCGCCACCAGCGCCGCCGCCGGCAUGGCGAGCAGUGAGAGAAAGUCGUUCUGUAUAGAGUCACUGUUGUCACGCGAGGUGGUGGAGGGAGGCGGGCGGCGCGCCCUCAGCCCCGCCGCCCUUUCGCAUGAGGCCGGUGGCUCCCCCGGCCCAUCGCCGCCCCACAGCCCUCAGCCGCCGCCUCACUCCCUGGCCUCCCCGGCGCUGCUGGGACGCGCCUCAGGGGUGCUGGGGACAGGCACGGUGCCUCUGAUGCCUCCACACCUCUACCAGUACCCGGUGCCACCCGCCCUAUUUCCCACCGCUGCCUUCCCCCCAGGAGCAGCCUCUCCUCUUCUGGACGCCCAGGCUCUCUCUGCCCUCAAGAACGGUGCCGCCGCCCUUCCGCCCGCCGCCCUCGACUGGUUCGCCCGAGCGGGCCUCAUGUACCCUAGAAUACACCCAGACCUAGCCGGUGUGCCUCCCAGGAUCUCCGCUGACAACUUGUUUUACAGCAUGGGCCAACACAGCCUCCUGGGCAAGACGCGCCGGCCCCGCACCGCCUUCACCUCCCAACAGCUGCUGGAGCUCGAGAAACACUUCCGCGAAAACAAGUACCUGUCGCGGCCCAAGCGAUUUGAGGUGGCCACGAGCCUCAUGCUGACGGAGACCCAGGUCAAAAUAUGGUUCCAGAAUCGACGGAUGAAGUGGAAACGGAGCAAGAAGGCACUGACUGACACGCGCAAGGACGGGAGGAAGGACGGCAAGGAGAACUCAGGCGGGAAGGAAGAGCGAGGAACCGUGACAGGCGGCGGCAGUGGCGGGGGCGGGAAGGACUCCAGCACGGGGGACGUUGGGGUGACAGCGGCUCAUGACACCUCGCUGAGCGGCGGUGUGGAGUCUGAGGACGAGAUUGAUGUGCAGGAGGACACCGUGGGAGGCGAGGACGGCGUGAGGGGAGUGGUGGUCGGGGGCGGCAGGGGCGAGGAGGCCAUGUCCCCCGGCAGUCCAUCACAGCCCGCGGAAUCGUCGUCCUCCGCCGCUCCGUCACCUGACCCACGACGCUACGAGGUUAUGUACGACCCUCUACCACCACACCCGCACCCUCCACACCCCGCCCUUCACGUGGUGCCGCCCCCCAGGCUCCCCCCACCGUCACAUCCGCGUCAGGGGGCUCCUCCAUGUUCUCGGGGCAGUACCAGCACGUGCCACUCUCCGCCGCCCUCCUCACAAAGCUGCCACCUGAAGCGGAGCACCUCUACCGCCCCUACGUGUCAUGAGAGGCUCCCUCUGGCCGUGUCCCAUUUCCCCUCCCAUUCCCAGGGCCGCCGCUCUCGCCGCCCACCACCCACGCGAUGCUCUCUCAGCCCUUCGUCAGGCACUUUCAUCACCCGCCCAUAACACACCGCCACCACCUCUGCCGGCAGUACCACCAUCACCAGUUAUGCCUCGAACCCUCCCACACCAGUGCCACCCACGCACAAAUAACGUAGCGGCCCUAAGGACAAGGUUAUCUCGCCUCUGAAAUGUUCUAACCGCGAAUCAAUCUGCAGCUGUACUAAGACAAGGCUACAGCUCCUCUAGAACCACUAACACGUGCUAAUCAUGAAUCAAAGACCGUCGUGUGAGUGACAAAUGUGGACGUUCUCCUCCCGCUGCAGCCUGGUGGUCAGUGCUGGAGUGACGGGCCAUGGCUGAGCCAACUGUGUACGAGUAUUUGUACCUUGUCGGAGUGUGAGGUGAGGUGAUCGAACUCUCACAGAACUAUGAACAGGGAAGUGUGUGUGUGUGUGUGUGUGUGUGUGUGUGUGUGUGUGUGUGUGUACAUGACUAUCAAUAAGCGAUUAAGAAAAAAAAUUACGCCAACUUAAACGAGUUAAAAGAUUUGCAAGAAAAGUCGAGGGAAAAGUGCAAUCAUAAACCGGUGACGCGCGGCGGACAGGUCACGGGGAAGUGGUGGCGGUGUGGCUGACGACGCUACUGCAAACUUCCAAGGUUAUUCCUAAACAGACAAAACUAUAAAAAAAGUGUUUCCUAAGUGUACAUAGAAAAAAUAAGAAAACAUUCUAAUCUUUGUGUAUCUCGUCUUGUGCAGCAGCUCGCCUAGAUGUAUAGUGUACCGCUCUCAUCCCCCUCCCCCUCCCCCUUCACUCCCUCCUGUGCAUCACCCUCCUCUUCCUCAUUACUUCUUCCCUCUUACUUCUCGAUCCUUUUCUGCCUCCAUAUUUUCUUCUUUCUUUGUCUCUAUUCUCCUCUUCUACAUCCAGUUGGCAUCCCUUUCACCCGCCGCCCCCACAGUUUCCACAGACGGGUUUCAUCACUGUCCACGAGCAGACGCUUACACGACACACAUCUGCCUCUCCUCGCCAGACACACCUCCUGUCAGCUUCCCACCAAGGGCUUCGGAUCUUUGGUUUUGCUUUCCUAGACAACCUGCUUGAGUUUCACACACGUGGCUUGGCUAUUCAUGAGACACCUGUUAAGCCCCGGGGACACGCGUAACACACACACACACACACACACACACACACACACACACACACACACACACACACACACACACACACACACACACACACACACACACACACAUACACAUACACACACCGGUUUCCUUGAGAUUAUUUCACAAGUCUACAACACAGUUUCCAGUCAGCGGCCGAGACUAAACAGCAAGUGUCAUCGUGUUCCUGCCAGCCGCCCUGAGAGCACACUGUUCCUCCUGAACGUAGCAUCAGCUCUGUGGCCACACGCAUACAAAACAAACAAAUUACCUGUUAGGUUAACUUAAAGUAAAAUUAAAAUUUCUUACGGAUGAAUGGUCAAAUGUGGGAGAAGAGAGCCACCGCUAGGGCCGCGGCGUGCCGGUGCCCCUCAAGGCUGCCCGUCACGCCGGGUCGUGGCGGGGAUCACUUUCUCCGAGUCUACGGUUAUUACAUCAAAUUGUCUUUCUCUCUCUAAUUCCUCUCAUUCUCGUAAUUAUACAUAGUGAAAAAUAAAUUAAUAACUCACACUC